AUGGAUUCGCUGAAUGUGCCGGCGCCAACGUUCGAUCUUGACACCUGGGCGAACAACUACGAUGGAGCUCUGCUACCGCUUCGUCUAGCGCACAUCGCACGACAUUGUCCGCCGCUUCGCCAACACAGUAUCACGCUUGCUCUCGCACAGGCCAAGAAGGGCAAAGAUAUUCAGCUGUACGAACGACUUUGUCAUCUCGCAGGCGUGCUCGGCUUGACUGAGGCCGCUGACGAGGAUGUGGAAUGGGUGGCGCGGACCGAGGAGGCCAAUAAAAGGGAGCUGAUCCGUUUGGAAGGAGAGCUUCGUGGAUACAAGAACAACCUUAUCCGGGAGAGCAUUCGAAUGGGCCAAGAAGACCUCGCGAUGCAUCACAUCGACACUGGUGGGCCGCGAUCUGAUCCACAGGAUCCGAUAGCACCAGCGGGCUAUGCUGUCGCGUUCACUGCAUUUAGCAAGAUGCGAGAUUACUGUCACACUCCAUCUCAGAUAAGUUCCAUGACGCUACGGCUGGCCUUUACGGCGCUUCUCCAGGCAGCGCUGGCUGAACAGCUCGAUUCUGCAUCGGCAGGUCACUUCAACACUGUCCAUACCCAAGCAGUCCGCCUGCGAUCGUCAGGCUGUAAAGAGGAGGAGCAGGCGCAACUCACAGCAAUCUCGCACGUUGCAGUUGGUAUUGCAGCGCUAGGUGCGGGUGACUACUCACAAGCUGCGGCUUCAUUCAUGCGGACACCAUUCGAGUACCAUCGUCUAGGCCCAGUCCACGGACUAGACUUUGAGCGCCUGGUGGCCUCGGCGAAUGAUGUUGCCAUCUACGGCGGACUCUGUGCCCUGGGCACAAUGUCUCGUGACGAACUACAGGAAGUCGUCCUUGGUGGUCAAUUUCGCCAGUUUCUCGAACAGGAGCCUCACAUGCGGAAGGCUAUCGGCCUCUAUGUCACCGCCAAAUACGAACAAUGUAUCGCGCUUCUGCAAAACUACCGGGCCGAUUGGACUUUGGACCUCUUUCUCUCCGCCCACGUGGACAUCCUUUUCGCACGCAUACGCCAACGAAGCAUCACCGCAUACUUCUCCAGCUUCUCACAAGUCAGCAUCGCAGCUCUUGCUGCAAGUUUCCCUCCUACACGGCAAGAUGCGAGCGUCAGUCCCGAAGUCGCAAUGGAGGACGAACUCUUGUCUAUGAUUCAAAACGGCCAACUCGAUGCACGAUUGGACGUUGUGGACGGCAUGCUCUUUGCACCAUAUAAGGACCACCGCGCCCAGACUCAUGAGAAAGCUCGGAAAACGGCUGCAAUGGUGGAGCGCACUCUGUUGUUGCGCUUACAUCGCGUUAAUAUGACACUUGCGGACCUCGAGAUCCGUAGAGAACCUAAAGGUAGGGAUGGUAUGGGACCUCCCAUGGACCGGGGCGGGUCAAGAUUAGGCAGUGCAUAUGCAUAG